CCGAAAGUUCUGUGCCCCCUUCGCUGUGACAGUUGGAGGAGUGAGGGGUGCGGGCCCGGCCCGGCUGCCGCCUCCGGGCCCCCGGCUUGCCCGCCACAUGGACGCGGAGGAGGAGGUGCGGAGGCGAAAACUGGAGGCCGGCAGGGCCAAGUUUGCUUACUUCAGACAACGAAAAACAAAAAGUGACAUCACGCAGUCGCAGAAAAAGACGGCGAAGAGGAAGGGCUCGUCUGUCCACACGCAUGACGUUCCGAAGGAAGAGUACGCACUAGCGGCCCAAGAUGUUGGUAAGGGUAUAGAGAGUAAGGCUGAAGACACCAACCUACUAGAGAGUAAGGCUGAAGACACCAACCUACUAGAGACAACAACAGAGACAGAGGGGAGUGCUGACUUGUCCAACUGGGAUGUACUGAAUGAUCAUGCAGCUGAAAAAAUUACGAUAAAUUCUGCUGCAGAAUACAGUGAGCUUGAUGCUAAGAUGUGUCAGGUGAGAAUAGCUGACUUAGAGAACAGACUUCUGGAGAAACAGGAAGCGGUCAAAAGACUCACUGCACAGAUGGAAGAGCUACAGCAACAACUUACCCAGCACAGUGACUCUAUGCAACUUCAGGAGACUACGGUUCGGGAGCAGAAUGAAGUCAUCAGGAAACUAACAAGCUGCCUUCAACAGACAAAGAAGGAUCGGGAUGAUCUACAGGAAGAGGCUUCACGUGUAGCUGGUCAGAUCCAUGAUUUGCAACUUCAGUUACAUCAGGUUAAUGAGAUGCUGAGGAAUAAAAGCCAUGGGAAGAAUGAAGUAUUAGAAGCCCAGCAGCAGAUGUCCUUGUUUCAGAACCGUCUCAGAGAGCAAAAUGCACAUUUGGAGAUGCUGCGUCAGAAAGCACAUGACCUGGAAGUACAGCUGGAGUCUUCUCAAAAGAAUAACAAAGAUAAAGAAAAUCUGCUUGCCCAAAUGGAAGAGGAUAUGAAAGAUACAAUGCAACAGCUAUACAAAAGCAUAGAAGAAAAAGACCAACAUAUUAAAAGUCUUCAAGAUCUACUGACAUCAGAAAGAUUUAGCUUGUCUAUAUUACAACGUACCCUUUCUCUCCGGGACUCAGAAAUAACAGAGUUAAGAAAUGAAAUAGCUUUAUCUAAAAUGAAAGAACAGCAAUGUAUUGAAGAACUGAAAAUCAGUCAUGAAAAGGAUAUUUGCAGGCAGUUGGAGAACUUGAGGGCUGAGCUGGAGAAGUGCCACAGAAGAGAGAUUGCAGAAGCUAAGCAGGUAUAUGUAGAAGAAACUCUUUUAAAAUACAAGAAUGAACUUGAACAGUUAAAAAAAGAACUCUGUGCUCUGAAUUCUGAAGAACACAUUCAGAAUUUGAAUGGGAUAAUAAUUGAUUUAAAUAAUAGUCUUUGUGAGUCUGAAAUUAAUAAAGAAAAUUUGAGAAGGAAACUUGAAAACCAACAGGAAGACUUCCAGAGAGAAAAAUCUGAAAUUGAGACUAAAUACAAGGAUUUAAUUGAUGGCCUUAAGUCUCAACUUUCUGAUGCAGAAGAGCAGGUUAAGGAAGCCCAGCAAUAUAAACAAGAAAAACAAUCCUUGAAUGAAGAGAUUCAGAACCUGAAUUCUUUCAUCCAGAAAUUAAAUGAAAUGCGACUUUAUGAGGCUGAAAAAAGUAUAGAUGUAGGGCAAAAGCAUGAUGAAGACAUUGUCUCAAAUAAAAAGCUAAUGAAAUUGAGGGAAAAUGAGAUUUUACCAGAGGUGUUGCAGUUGCAGAGAGGAGAGCUUGAAGAGAUGUGGAAUAAACUGCACCAGUUGAAAGGUGAAGGUGAGCUAGUUCAUGAAGAACUAGAGUUCCAGUGUGACUUGGGAGUAGACUCCUCAAGGGAUCAAUUAGAAGAAAUUAAAAAUUCAGACAUCACAGAGAAUAAUGAAAAUAGUGAAGGAGAUAAACUGUCUGAAGAACACUUGUCAGAACUGGGGCUUUUCAGUGGUGACAAAGGCAUAUUGGCUAAAUAUCUCACCUCCACAGAAGGACUAGAAGAGUCGUAUGCAUCCAGCACUUCUGAAGGUUAUGCCAUUGAAGAAGGUAGAUGCAGUAGGUAUGGGUUAGACAGUAGUGUGCUUCUAGAACCCAGCAGAGAUUUUAUACCUCCUUCAUUAAACUUGGUCCUUGAUGAGGAGACAUGUCCUAGCCGUUUGGCUCAAGAGACUUUUGAAGAGACUGAGGGGGGAGCAGAGGCCUUUGUUUCGUUUUUGUCAGAUAACUCCCUGCAGCAAAACAAAAUAAGUGACCACGGUGAUGUAAAGGAUGCUGAGACGGCUUGUUUAGUAGAGAGAUGUGUGAAGCUAACUGAGCAGCUCCAUGAGAAGGAGUCAGCCUUGAUGAAAUCUUAUCAGGAGACCCAAGAAGCUGUUGGAAAAUGGGAAAAAGUAAUGGCUGAGCUCUCUCAUAUGCAUGUGGAACUGGAUGAGGAACGUGAAGCACGGAUCCGUUGUGAAAAAGAACUUCUUCAAAAAACAGAGAAGGAGAAAGAACUUGAAAACAAAAUAAUGUUUCUAGUAAAGCAGCAAGGUGUGGAUGGAGGCCAGCUUUACUGUGCUGUAGAGCCUUUAACACAAGUGUCAACAUCCUCUACCUGGCAAGAAAUGGUAAAAGAUCUCCAGAAGGAAAGAGAAAUGUUGAUGGUGCAGCUGCGAACUCAGGAGCAAUUAGUGAAAGAUGUUCAGGAGCAGAAAACAGCUUCUGAUUCUGUAACAAGUGAAGUACAGUGUCUUUUUGGACGUCAGUUAGCUGCUUUGCAAAGUCAAAGGGAUCAAAUGCAAAGCCAGCUUGAUGUUCAGAAGGCCAAAAAUCAGACAAUAGCAGAGCUGCUUGGUCAGAAAACCAUAUCUGAAGAAACAUUGCUAAAAGAACAGGAGUUGCUCAAAGCUGAAAUUGAUAAUAAAGAACAAAAUUUAGCAAUCUUAUUGAAGGAAAAAACAACCUUAGGAGAAGGAUUAUCUGAUGUGAAGGAGGAUCUAAUAAAAGCACAAAAAGCACUAGCAGAGAAUGCUAGCAUCACUGAGGGUCUUGAGAAAAACAUACAUGAACUUAAUGCUGAAGUGAAAAGCCUCCAAGAAAUACGUGAGUGUGAAAGACUGGGAUAUGAGGACAGAUUAAACUUCAGCAACCUAGAAAUUCAUAAACUUAGUGCUGAAAUAAAGGCAAAAAGUACUGAAUACAGUGAGGAAAAAAGCCAGCUGACCAAAGAAAUUGCCCAUUUGAAGAAAGCUCAUUUGGAGCUUGAGACUCGCUUGCAGGAGUCCCUUCAGUCCGCACAAGCUGUGCAGGAGACACAGUCCAAGAUGGUGAAACAUUACAAAGAGGAAAUGGAUAAACUGGAGACUCAACACCUUGCUGAAUUAACUAAAAUAGAAGAAUUAAAUGCUGAAAUAAAAGAUAAAGUGGAAAAACAGCAGAAGUUGGAAGAAGAAAAAAAGGAACAGAUUGCUUUAAUAAAAAAGGUACAUGAACGAGAGCAUGAUCGUGAAAUCUCUGAACUGAUUACUAAACAUGAAGAGGAAAUGGAGAAGCUCCGUGCUGAACUAAAUAAAGAACAUCAGCAGCUGUUGGACGAACUUCGGCAGCAAAUGGCAGCCACACACAAAGCAGAGAUUGAGCAAGCUCAGCUCCAAUCACAGGCACUGCACAGCCUUGAACUGGAAGCUUUACGCCUAAGCUUAAAUAAUAUGCAUACCUCUCAGCUUGAGCUUACACAGUCUAACUUGAGAAAAGAAAAGGAGACUGCCCUUGUGGAACUACGGGAGAUGCUCAAUGAUAAGCGUGCUCAAGAGGUAGCAAUUCUGCAAAGCCGCCAUCAGCUGGAGUGGGAGAAGAUUAAAGAACAGUGUCUGAAGGAAAAAGAAGACCUUAAGUCAAAGUAUCAGCAAGAACUAGUUGAUCAAAGAAAGAAAAUAGAAUUGGAAAUGGAAGAGACGCAUACCCAGGCAUUAGAGACUCUCAAAAGAGACUGGGAAUUGGAGUCUGAGGUGCAUUUAAAAAACAUGUGUGAAGAGCUGUCUGAAAAACAUCAGGCUGAAAUGGUGGAACUGCAGAAAACUCUGGAAAUGGAAUUAGAAAAAGUCAAAGCAGAGCUGGGGCUUCUUUCUCUUGAGAAUGAACAGUCUAAAAUAAAAUGUAUAGAAUUGGAAAAGCAACACCAGGUAGCCAUUAUAAAAGUACAAGAACAGCUUCAGACUGAACAUAACCAACUCCUAGAAGAUGUGAAGAUGAAGAGUCAAGAAAAAGAACAGAAUCUCCAGAAGGAGCUGGAGAAACUUCAGGUAAUGCAUGAAGAACUCAAGACUCAGUCGCAAGAAGAAAUCAGGCAGCUUUGGUCUCAGCUUGACAGCACACGAGCAAACCGACAAGACCUAAGUGAGCUAAAAGAGCAGCUCCUGGCUCGUGCAUCACGGGUGGAAGAAAUAGAGCGCUUAAAACAAGAAUUUGAACAGCAGCAUCAGCAAAGAAAAAGUGAGCAUGAAACUGAACUGGAACAACUGAGACUUUAUUUUGAAAAGAAGUUAAGAGUUGCUGAAGAAAACUACAGAGAAGAAUUGACUUUGCUGCAUCAGAGACUGCAAGAACUGAAGGAAUAUUCACUGUCAGAGUUGGAAGUGAGUCAAGAUCAAGCAGGGGACAUCAGUUCUUCUGUUGCAGUUUUUGAAGAGAAUGCUGAGAAAGAGAGAAGGGAUACACUUGGUCAGCUAAAUCAACAGCUGGAACAACAUCAGGAAGAACUUGCCUGCUUGGAGGUACAACUUAAAGAAAAACACAGGCAUGAAUUAGACUCCUUAAGAUCUUCCCUUGCACUUCAAUAUAAGGAGGACCUAAUGAAAAUGAAGAUGGAUCUGUCAGACAAAUAUAUAACAGAAAUUGAGGAAAUGAAAAGAAAGCAUUGUUUAGAACUUGAGCAGCUCCGUGCCCGACUUUCAGAAGAACAUAUUAAAGAAAUCACCAAACUGCGGCUGCAGAGUGCUCAAGACGCAGCACGUCAAGUUGAAAUGGAGGUGGCUGAGCGAGUGUCUGUGCUGGAGGAAGAGCACAAAGCUAAGCUCUUUCUCCUCCACUCUGAGAAACAGCAUAUUGCAGAGCUUUCAGAAGAAAUAAAGCACUUAAAGGAAGAGAUUACUAGACAGAAAGAUUUUUCUGUGCAGAAUGAAAAGCAUCUGAAAGAGGAAAUGGAAGAGGUAAAAUAUAAAAUUGCUGAGGAUCACAAGAAUAAAUUAAGGGAAGCCAGAGAAGAAGUCCAGAAAAUAGAGACUAUGUACAAAGAAAAAGAGAAGAAAUGGAAAUGUGAAAGUGAGGACCAGAGAAUCCAAGCAGAAGAGAAGUUGUCGUUGUUGCGUAUAGAACUGCAAAACAGAGCAGAAUAUGAGAAGCAGAAUUUACAAAAGGAGUUUGAACUUCGGGAAGCUGAAAUGAAUCAACUUCAAGAUCACCAAGCUGCCAAAAUUCUAGAAUUGGAGAAGCUGGUAAAAGAGCAGCAAAACAACCUGCAGCAGCUAGAGGACAGCCUAGCAAGUGCACAGGCUAUGCAGAAAUCUCAGGAGCAAUAUGACACUGACCUGCAGGCAGCCAAAGUGCUCAUGGCAAAAGAGAUGGAAAAGGCCACACUUUGUCUGCAGGAAGAAUGUGCACGGAAACUUAUGGAAGCACAAAACAAGUUUAUGGAGGAGCACAAAGCUAUGACUCAGAAAUUCACAACUGAGCAAGAGAUUAUUCUUCAAGAGCUGAAAAAGAAACAUGUCAAUGAGCUGGAACUCCAAAGUCAGCAGUUACAGGAGAAGCAUAAGCAGCAAAUUUUGUCUCUUACAGCUGAGUUUCAGACAAAGCAUCAUGCUGAAAUGGAGACACUUAAAUCUACACUAGAAAGUAAACAGCAGAUUCAGCUUGAAGCUUGUGUUGCUGAACUACAGACAAAGCAUCAGGCACAAAUUGAUGAGCUGGAGGCUAAACACUUAUCAAAUCUGGAUUCCUUGGAGUCGUCCUACCUAUCUGAAAUUCAGAAUAUAAGAGAUGAACACAGUCAGGUUCUUGAGAAGCUACAGCUGCAGCACACAGAACAGCUCCGUGAAAAGGAUAAAAUGGAUCAAGCGUGCUUGGCUCAGGAGAUAGAGAUGUUGAAAUUAAAGCAUGCUGAAGAACUUCAGCUUUCCCAAAAUAAUUUGAAAACAGAGCUAGCUACUGUUCAUAUGGAAAAACUUAAAGCCAUGGCUGUUGAAGCAGAAGAAGCUCAUAAGGAUGACUUAAACACAGCUCUUCAAAAUCAAAGGAGGCUGCUGGAAGAAGAAAAACGUCUGGCCCUGGAUAUAUUACGUGAGGAAGUAUUGCAUAUGGAGGAAAAACAUAGAAAAGCACUCCAAGAAUUUCAGGAUCUUCAUGAGGCAGAAAUUAAGAAACAUAAAGAAGAAUUCUCCAGGGAGCUGGAAAAAGAAUUGGGGAAACUAAAAGCACAGCAUGAACAUGAGCAAGAGAUGUAUGCUUCUGCAUCAGCCUCUGAAGUAGAAACUGUGCGAACAGCUCUUCUGGCUGAAUUUGAGGAGGUAAAAUUGAAGCAGCAGCUUCAGUUCCAGGAAGAGAUUGAGCUGCUGAAGUGUCAGUCGGAGGUACUGCUUGAACAACAGAUUGCACAGCUGAAGGAUGAAUUUGAAGCUGAAAAAAAGGCAUCACUACAUGACAAGGAGCAGAUGUUGAUUCAGGAGAGGGAGAAGGCACAGGCUGCUCACCAAAAGGAGCAGGAGAUGUUAUCAGCCCAGCUGCAGGAAAAAGCAGCAAUAAUUAUCCAGCUGGAAAAGAAAGUGGAGUCUUUAAACCGUGAAACAGAGGAGACCAACUCUGAACUGGAGACACUCCUUCAGCGGCGGGACAGAGAAAACCAAGAAGGAGGGAAUUUGGUAGCCAUGUUGAGAUCUGAUAUUGAGCAGUCCAAGGAUGAAAGGAAAAAACUGCAGGAAUCUUAUCAGCAUGUUUUGAAAUUGCUUAUGGAGUUGGUGAAGGCCACAAUAGCUGUUGAGGACCUUAUCUGUAGCAAGAUUGGUCUUUGCCUUGAUGACAGUCUGGCUUCUGGAGAUUCUAGAGAAAGUCACAGUAUUGUGGACGAAAUGGGAUUCAUGCAGUGUUUCAAAGCCAAAGAAAAGCAUCACCUAGAAAAAGCUUGCUUGUUUUCAGUGGAUGAGCUGCUUGAUGAAACUCUCGCAGAACACAACCAGCUGUCUCCAGUGACUGACGAGGGGUCUGAGUUGAGCCAAUACUUAUGUGAAAGUGCUUUUGCAAAGCCAGAAUUGGCAUGUGAAAAUGAAGAAAUGAUACUGAAAAUUUGUCAUCGUUUGCACACUGCAGUGGAGAGACUUCUGGAACUGGUUACAGAAUCAACUAAACAACUGGAGAAAAUGCAUGAAAACCAUGCGCAAUUUGAAGAAGAAUUCAGCCGUCGAAAUCAGGAAACUGCCCAGGUGGUUAGUCAGCACCAGGAACUAAUGGAAUGCCUCAGUGAGGAAAGUGAGGCCAAGAAUCAGCUGGCACUAGAACUUCAUAAAGCAGAGGGCAUUAUCGAAGGCUAUGUUGCAGAAAAAGCUGCAUUGGAAGAGGCCUUGAAUCUGAAAGAGGAAUCUGAACGUCGCCUUGUUGUGGAGCUGGAGAAUAUGCGUGAACGCUUCCAGGAGCUAACCCAGGAGCAAGCAAUUCUUGGAACACCUAUUGCUAAUGUAGCACAAAAAGAAGGUUCAGGUCUACUGAAGGAAGUAGAAUUUUUAGCAAAGGAGAAAUUAGAGCUUCAGUGUCAGGCAGAAAAGGACCAUUCCAAUUUACGCUCUCAAAUGAAAGUUUUGGAGGUGGAACUGGAAGAACAGCUGCAUAGUAAUCAAGACCUGGCUACACAGUUAUUGGAGGUUGCUGAAUUAAAACAGCAAAUUCAAGUUCUUGAAAAACAGCUUAAAAACCAGCGGCAAUUCAUGGAUGAACAAGCUAUAGAAAGGGAACACGAACGUGAUGAUUUUCAGCAGGAAAUUCAGAAACUGGAAGAACAGUUAAAACUUUCAGCAAAAUCGCAGACGUCAGGAGAGCCCAGAGAGUAUAGGAACUAUGAAUUGAUUCUACAGGUAGAAUCUUUGCAAGCAGAAAUAAAAGAGAAGAUGGAUAAUUACAAUAAGCUGUUAUUAGAAAAGGAGCAAAAACACCAAGAAAUUGCAGCUCGUGAUAAAGAGAUAGAAAAACUGGUGGCACAGAUACAAGAACUGAAGCACAGCAGUACUGAAGCCUCAAAGACUGUACACUACUUGGAACAACAACUGCAAAAAAUGAAGAAAGUGGAAACCGAAUUAAAACAAGAUAAGGAAGCAUUACAACAACAACAGUACAAUAACCUGAUUCAGAUCUCUGCCCUACAGUCUAAAUUGGAUGAAGCGAGGCACAGAGUACCAGCAGACGGCAGUUCUGCCCCAGUGCUGAAGGAGCAGUUACAGGCAGAGCAGGAAGCACUUCAGAUGAAAGAGAGAGAGAUUGCAAGCUUGUUAGACCAACUAGGACAAUAUAAAGAUAAUUUGAUCAGUAAAAACGAGGAGAUACUGCAGCUGAACUUGCAGUUAGAGAUGCAAAAAAACCUUAGCACUUCCAGCAUCAGCCAACUUCAGUUAGAGAAUGCACACUUGAAGGAAAAUCUAACACAACUUCAGGUGAAGCAAAAUCAGGACCUGGGUAUUAAUGAUUCCUCAGCUUUGUCCUUCCCACAAGCACUACUUAAAGAAAAGAAUCAAGAAAUUGAUCACUUGAAUGAGCAGAUGAAGAGGCUCCAGCAUGAGCUAGAGAAUACUUUGGAGAAUAAAGUUGUGGAAGACCAAAAAUCUGAAAUUGAAGAACUCAGAUCACUUGUCGAGCAUCUUCGUGGUGACCAGGAAAGGCUGCGUAAGGACAAAGAUGAAGAGGUAGAGCAACUCCAUGGAGUAAUUGAGAAGCUUCAAAAAGAGCUGGCACAGUUUGGACCAGUAUGUCAUGAAGUUAGUGACAACCAAGAUGAUUUUUAUCAACUUGCAUUGGGAAAGCCAGUGGAAAACCUUCAGAAUGAGUUGAGGAAAGGACUGAUAGAUUGUCAGGAUGGUAUUGAUCCAAACAGAAGAAACGCACUGCUACUCUCCAAAGUGAGAGAACUUCAGGAAGAACUAGAGCUUCUCUCAACUGCUAGAGAAGCUCUGCAGCAGCAACUGGAAGAGAAGGAAAUGCAGUUCAAAAUGGAAGUGGAAAUUUUGGAGAAAAAAUGCCAAAAACUACGAGAGUCAUCAGAGCAGCACAUUGCAGAGCUAACCUCUCUGAGAAUACAGUACGAUGAACUUCAGGAAAAGUACAGCCUUUUCCAAACACAUUUUUCUCAGAGAGAGGUUGAAGCAAGGAUGACUACUUCUCGCAUUCCAGAACUUGAAGAUAGUGUGAGAGAAAAGGAAACAAAUAUUCUAGAGAAAGAUAUGCAAAUGAAGGCAAUGGCAGAUCAAAAAGAAGCUGACACAACUGAGUUGCAGUACUUAACAAAAAAGGCAGCAGAGCUUCAAACUGAAUUGGAAAAGAGAGAUGCAAGUCAGGCUCAAGAUGUUUAUAGUCUUCAGUUAGAAGUUUCUAGACUUCAUUUCCAGAUGCAAGCACUGAAUGAGAAAGAAGUAGCUUAUCAGAGAGAAAUCAAUGAACUGCAAAGUAGCACGGCAAAACUGAAAGAUCAAAUCAAGGCAUAUGUGAAAGAGCUUGAAGCCUUAAAAUUGGAAAGAGAUGAACUUGUUUCAUGCUUGGAGUCGUGCAAGCCAAAGGAGCAACAUGAUCAUGAAGAGACUAACGUUCUCCAGCCAUUCUGCUGGAGAGAAAGAAAAGGUGAAGCCCUUGAAAAAGGAACAGAGGAAUUGGAAAAACUGGAAGCAAAUGGUGAUCAGUCAUUUGCAGUACUGGCUUCCCCUCCUGAUAAACUGGGAGAGUUGAAGGCUAUGAACACUUCACAGAAUGAAAAGUAUUUAAUUGUAAAGAUGGCAUCUCAUAAAGAAGAACUUAAUUCUGAAUUAGGUUCAGCAAAAAAGGAGUUAGGAUUCAGUGAAGAGAGAACUGGUAAAAUUUUGAAGGAUUUAAAGGAAAAAGGUGAAGUUAUGUUUGACUUGACAACUCACAAUAUAAAUCCAAAAACUCAGAUUAAGCAAUCACAAGAAAAUAUUUUGACUCAGGAAUUGGACAUGAUCAACAACUCUGAAGAGGAGCAAGAUUUGAAAAAGCAUUGCCAGCAAAUGUUGGAAAUUCAUCAAACUCCUGAUUCUCCAAAACACACUUUGAAAGACUUCCAGGAUUUCAUUGCAGGUAUGGCUUCAUGGGGCUCACCUGAGAUUGUGAGAAAGCAAGAUACAAGCAUGGAACUUCAACCAGUGCUUCAGCUGACUCCCUUUUCGGAAGUUGAAAGCACAGAUUUUGAACUGAUGCACACCAGGUCAUCCAUUCAAGAAGAUAAUUCUGUAUUGCUGGGAUAUUCUAACCUGUAUGAAAAUGACAGUGAGGAAGCAGCAGUGGGAGUAGAUAGAAAAUCCCCAGCUUUUUCUGAAAGCACCUACUCUAUUGAUGAUGACCAAGAUAUGGAAAAGAUUUUGCAGAUAAGAGAAGCUGAUAAUCUGACUUUAACCCCUUCUGAUUUACAAGAUGAUGUAAGAUCAAGAGCAUCUGCCAUAGAUGUGAUGAGCGAUGGAUAUGGCAGCAAUACCAGCUCAAAUUUGGCAGCAAAACUAAAGCAGGAGCUACAGACAUCAGACCACCUAGAUGCUAGUUUCAUGGCUUAUCUGCGGUAUCGUGGACUAUUUCCAGAUAUUAUGGAAUCAAAGAGAGAAAAGGAAAUACUUUCACCACAGCUGAAGACUGUGCUGAAGAUGGUGUAUGAGGAGAGCCGCAAAAUACUGGCUUUGUCAGAAUGUCCCUUUAGUUUUAGGGAGCUGAAAAAUGUUCAUCAGACCAGAGCAGCAAUGGAGGGAUGGCAGAAGGAGGGCUUAGCCUUGCUGGAUGCUAUACAGUCGCUGAAAGAUUACCUAAGCAAGGUGGCAGAUAGAGGAGAUAAGGAAUUUUCAGGUAUUGCUGCUGACUGGAGAGGAGAACUUCUGCAAGCAGUACAGAGUGUGUUUGAGAAGGAGAGAAAUGUGUUGCAAAUUGACUUGAAGUCUCACUUCUCCAAUCCUGGGUCUGGUGAUGAAGGUUCGUUAGUGGAAAAACUGGAGUAUAUCAUGAAACAACAAGAGGAACAGAGGCAGAUGGUUGUAGAGCACCUUUUCUCCUCAGACCGGAAUAGCUUGCUCUCUGAAAUACAGGACCUCCGAGCUCAGCUACGCAUGACACAUCUUCAGAACCAGGAGAAGCUACAGCAGUUACAGGAAACCCUUACCAAUGCAGAAGAUCAUGGGAGCAAACAAGAACACCACCUUCGGAGGAAAGUUGAAUUACUAGAAUAUAAGCUUCAGCAGGAAAAAUCUAUUGUGAGUGACUUACACAGCACCCUGUCUGAGGAGCAAAAGAGAGCCUCUGAAACAUGUGAUCUCUUGAAUCAAGAAAAAGCUGCCCUGAAAUCAGAGCUUUAUGAAAGUAAGGAAGAGAAUGAAAGGCUGCAGAAAUCCCUAGAAGAGCUUCGGAGGGAAAUAAGCCAGUUACGUUUUGAAUUGGAAAAAAAAGAAAAAGAUUUGACAGCUGCACAUGAAGACUUGCAGAGUGAACGUCUGAAGGAAACAGAGCUACGAGGUUUGUUUGAGGAACAACAGCUUCGGCAUAAGAAAGCAGAAGGUGAAAAGACAAAGGCCUUGGAGGAGCUGCAGGCUGCCUUAGAGUUGCAGUCAGUGCAGAAUAGCCAGCUGGCUGUAUCCUUAGAGCAUGAGCAAAUGGUAAAUGAUAAUCUCCGCAAGGAGCUUCAGAUUGAGCACUCCCGCUGUGAAGCAUUGCUGUCCCAGGAACAGACCAAACUGUCAGAGCUACAGAGAAAUUUGGAUGCUGAGAAAAAUCGUUCGCUGGAGCUCCUGAACUCCUUGAAUCACGAACGUGUUUUGACAGAACAGUUGAGCAUGAGAGUGAAAGAAGGUGCUUGUCAGCACAGGGAGUCGCUGCUGGAACAAGCCUUUGUUCGAGAGCUCCAAGCCCAGCUGGAAGAGGAGAGGUCCCGAACUAUAGAGCUAGCUGCUAUUAUUGAGAAAACACACCAGGCGACCAUUCAUUCCAAAAGGCAGCUAGAGGCCAAAGUACAGAUGUGCUGCAAAGAAACCCAGAAGGAGAGAGAGGUUAGUGACAAAUUGCGAGCUACGCUGGAAUCUCUUCAGGGUCAAAAGCAAGAGGUACUCCGUUCCUUAGAGGCCCAGAAGGAAAGAGAGGCGAAGCUGAAAGCUGACUGGGAACAACUGCAGUCACUCUUCAAGACCAUGAAAGAGCAAGAUAAAAAUAAGAAAGAGGAGAGAGAGAGAGAGCGAAAACAACAGCAACAAACAGAGCUAGAGAAACAGAAGGACUGGCAGAGAGAUCAAGAGAGACUGCAAAACUUGGAACGGCAACACCAGAGGGAUGAACAAAGAAUUAAAGAGCUGCAGGAAAUACUGACAAUAUUAGAAGAAAGAGAAAGAAAUCUCCCAUCUCCAAAUCAUCAGCAAGUACUGUUGUGUACCUUAAACAAAGAUCGAAAUGCCAAACAGGCCAUGACAAAAGAAAGUGAAAAACUGCAUUUGCAACAGCAGCAACAACAGCUAGAGAAGAUAAGACAGCAGUUGCUUUUUGUAGCUUUGCACCUGAAUGAGUUCAUAUAUAAAACCAUAGAUAAAACAGCUAAUGAUUGGUCUGCAUCAAAUGAUGAAGCUGUAGCGUCUUUACUGCAGACAUUAAAGGAACUAAAAUCAGAUUUAUUGUCUCCUCCUGCAUCUCAGAUCAGAUCUAUGGAUGAUACUGGCUCUGUUCAAGAACUGGAAAGAGAUGCUUGGCAGCAAGAGAGAAACAUUUUGCAGAACGCACUGAAACAGGCUGAAUCCAAACUGGCUAAAGUGACUGGUGAAAUUGAAAACAAACCAGUGGUAGAAACUUCCAGUCCUAAGUUGCAGAGAUUAUAUAGGAAGUACCUUAGAGCAGAGAGCUUUAGAAAGGCUCUAGUUUAUCAGAAGAAAUACCUCUUGCUGCUUCUCGGUGGAUUUCAGGACUGUGAGCAAGCAACUCUCUCUCUAAUAGCACGUAUGGGAAUCUACCCCUCACCUGCAGACCUGCAGCUUUCUGGAUCACGUUCCCGUCCUUUUACCAAGUUCAGAUGUGCAGUCAGGGCAAUCAUCGCAGUAUCAAGGUUAAAGUUUUUGGUGAAAAAGUGGAACAAAGUUAACAGGAAGAACGGACAGGGUGAAACCUUUUCUCACAGUAUAGGAGGAAAUACAACCUCUGGUGCUAGAACAGAAAUUCUGAAAGAGCAGCAGCCCCCAGCUGUUCACGUCGGCUCUCCCCCCACCCGGGACACCGGGCUGUGCCACAGAACCAGCUCUGCAAGAAUUGUGAGCCACUCCCCCAGAUCCUCUUACUGCUUGCACAACAGAUUGCAUCCAUCCACAAGUGCAGCUUCAGAAAAGUCACUUGUGCCUACUCAGGAUCCUGAGCAAUCGCUAACAGAAUACAUCCAUCACUUAGAAGUUAUUCAGCAAAGACUAGGGGGUGCACAACCAGGACAAGUUCCAGGCCCAGCUCGCCAGAGAAACAUGAAAAAGUGAUGAGAAUGCUUCUGAAAUCUGUACUGCGACCCCACCCAGUCACUGCUUCCUUCUGAGUUGGUCCAUACUGAAUGGAGGCACCUGCAAUCUCUUGCGCGACUGAAUAAAGGGCAGUGCUUUUGCAUCAGAUUUUUAUAUGACACUUUUUAUGAUAUUUUAGUACUUUAAGAGGAAAUUACUUUUCACUAAGAACAAUGUUUUACAUUCUCAUGUGAAAUUACUACUAAGUUAACAGCUGAAGUGUGCCUGCAUCACUGCAUUGUAAGUUGCAAAGUCUCUUUGGUGUUUAUUUUUCUAUAGUGUAUAGCUGGAUUCCUUGUAAAAAAAGUUAUCAAAAUGGCAUUUUAUUAGUGAAUUCUUGCAUUGUCAUCAUUAUUUGUUUCCACCUUACCUAUUUACUUUUUUUGCUGUUCCAAUUGUUUGUGUUUUAAUAUUUCUGUAGGCUCAUUCUGACUAACAGAACAGCUAAAACACUCUCCCAAAUAUCAAAGAUAUGUGUAGCCUUCUGUGAAUUUUGGGUUUGCUCUUCUAGUUUUACAAUAAAUAAGUCCUCCCUCCCUCAGUCUUUCUCAUCACAUUCCAAUUCAGUGUCAAGCCACCACUCCUUGAGCUCUUCUGUGACGGAGCUAUGCAUGCAUGAUGUAUUUGGUCUGACUGAAUUCAUGCAAUAUAAUUAAUCUGUGCCUACUCAGGAAGUCAAAUGCAUGUUAGAUUUUCCUCCAGUGUGACCAUUGCCUAUCAGACUGAUCUUUCCAGCCAUGACCUUGACUCAGUAUCAGAGCAGUCCUUCCAGUUUCCUCUCGUGUUCCCUCUGGCGCAGUAGUGCAUACAGCAGUAUCUGGUUCUUCCCCCUCCCACCACCACCGCAACUGAGCAGAGCUUUGGGGGGAAAUUGCCUCAGUGUUCAACGUAUGGUAUUUCCACGCAGUACAGGAUGUCUGCCCUUACUGUGCUGCAGGUGUGUCCUGUUUGGUGUGUGUCCUGCACCCUGCUCCAAGUGACAGCUUGGGCAGGUAUCUUCUCUCACUGCCCUGUCACAACCAGCUACUAGUGUGCUGGGUUGUAUUUGCUGAUGAUUUCAAUAAAGGUAAUGGGUGCUAGUCCACAUACGAGCAAACCCAUGCUGGAACUAGUGAGGUAGAAGGGCACUGAUCCAGAAGGCUCUGUUACAAGUAGUUUGGAAAUGGCUGAAGUCAGCUGGCUGCACCCUUGCCUCUCCCUCAACUUACCAGAGACUCCAAGAGAGUAGUCUGAAAAGGAGCUGCUUCUGACACUUGGCAAACUGGAGCAUCUGUGUUACAGAAAUGCUUACGUGUUUAGGAACUUGAAAAAAACGAAUUGUUUCUGAAGUAGAUUUGGAUUAGACUGGUGUUUAUAAAUGGGAAAAUAAACAAGUCAAUGCAGGAAAGCAGAAAUUCAGUUCAUUCUAAAGUGCAAAUAGAUGGGAUAGAAGAGAAAUAAGUAAAGCUUACAAGCACUGAAUUA